GCAGACUCGAAAAAAAAGCAAUCCGUUUUGCGCGGUCCCGCGAAUUAUUUUCCCCCUGAUGGCAACGCCCAUUAAAUUCGAGCAAGUCGCGGGGCACCCCUCGUCUAUGGUUCGCUUGCGAGACGGAAAGAUAGCGAAAAGGACGAUAGAGCGGGAAGCCGAGUUUUACAAGCAUAUUUUCGAUUCUGGCUCGUCUUUCUCGGCGCUGGUUCCUAAGUUCUACGGCGUCGAAGAGGUUGACGGACAUCCAUGCAUCAUCAUAGAGGACUUGACGGCGGGGUUCUCCAAGCCCUCGAUUAUGGACGUGAAGCUUGGAUCUACCAGUGCCGAUCCCAGAGAUGGAAUUUUGAAGCAGAUAUCCAUGAAGUCCAAGGACCUGCAAACCACGACCUCGACGUUGGGGAUCAGGAUUUGCGGUAUGUCGAAGCACGAUAUCAAGGAGAACAAGGUUAUCAGGAGAGACAAAAGUUGGGGUAAAUCUAUUAGUCAGAGUUCUAUGCUCGACGCGCUGAAGUCGUAUUUUCUCGACGGGUACAGAAUUCGCACGGACGUCAUAUCAGGGUUCAUCAGAGAGCUUGAGAAGCACCUGUCGUGGUGGGAGCACAAUUCGGAGUUUCAUCUCAUUUCGGCAUCGUUGCUGUUCAUCUACGAGUCCGACCCGGUGAGGUCUACGAAGGUGGUGGUCAAGAUGAUAGACCUGGCUCACAGCAUUUACCCCAAGAAGAAGGAGAAUCAGGUGGACAUCCUGUUUGGAUUGGACAACCUCAUCAACUUUUUCAACGAGAUCCUGGAUAACGUGCGCAUAAAUAGGCCUACUUUUGCGUCUUAA